AAUAUCUCGAAAAGGUUGACGGGAAGGUAAAUAAACAACCCUCUACAAGUAAACACCAGCAAGAUGGCGGCCGAGCACCAAAACCGUUAUACAGAUAAACAGUUAGUUGAGAUCUCACAACUGGAGAAAGACCUCCAUAUUUGGCGUGACAUCAUCAUCCACGCUGACAGGGUUCUGCGAUGGGAGAAACCUGUCUAUCCCAUCAUCCUUUGCUCAUGUCUAACUGUUUUGUUCUGUAUUGUCAUGCUUCUGGUGUAUUGGUUGGAACCAUCUGUGUUGACGGGGGUGUCCACCCUCCUCCUGGUGUUAUGCUUGCUGGACUACCUUGUUCCCAACGUACUUCCCAAGUUCAUCAAGCCAAGCGAAUGGACAGAGGAACAGCAACAGCGCUAUCAUGAUAUAUGUGGCAGUCUAGUGCAGACCAAAGACUUCCUACUUGUGUGUAAGAACACCUUCUUCACCCUCAAGGAGGAGAAACCUAAGGUGUACUUCUUGUCGGUUAUGAGUGUGCUGGCAACUCUGGCAUGGGUGGGAAAUGCUGUGCACAAUCUACUGCUUACAUAUCUGUCAGUGUGCUUUGUGAGUCUUCUGCCCGGAAUGUUGCACCAUGGGAUACUACAGUACUACUAUCUGAUGCUGGUGAGACAACUGAAGGUGGUCGUAGAAAAAGUCCAGAAAGCCCGCCAGAAGAAGGACUGAAAAGGGAACACCACAAACUGCAGUUGUCUUGUCCUACGGGAGUAUUUAGAGUGACCUUGAGAUGUCCUUAGCGUGCUACGAGACUAGGUGGCAAACCCGGACAUUUUGUCGUGUGAACAUGGCAUUAUUGUGUAGCUUGUAAAGCACCGAAGUUGACUGGGUAUCUUGUUGUGCUAGAAAAACGUGCAUGGCUGUCAAAGUUUGCCUGUUUUCCGACCAGUCAAAGCUACAUGCCACAUGGGAAGUGGAGAUAUCGGCUG